AUGGGGACUAAGGAAGUGAUGCCCCAGUUGAAGAAAGGCUUGUGGAAACCAGAAGAGGACUUGAUUUUGAAGAAGUAUGUGGAGACUUAUGGAGAAGGUAAAUGGGCAACUGUUUCUCACAGAGCAGGUUUGAUGAGGGGUGGGAAGAGCUGCAGGCUGAGGUGGAAGAAUUACUUGAGACCAAACAUAAAACUUGGUGGAAUGUCAGAAGAUGAGAAGGACCUCAUCAUCAGAUUGCAUAAACUUCUGGGUAACCGCUGGUCGUUGAUUGCGGGUCGGCUCCCAGGUCGGACAGACAAUGAAGUGAAGAACUAUUGGAAUACCCAUUUGAACAAGAAAUGCCCUCGAGGUGAAAGAACAAGAAGAAUUGAUCCCAACAACAACAGGAACAAAACCCCAUUACCAAGAUCUGAGCCAAUUCACAGUGAAAACAAAAAGAACAGUUCUAAUGGAGGAUUGACUAAAGAGGAAGAUAAUGGAAGUACUACUGUUUCACAUUCUUGGAUAGAAGAUAUGAAAAGCUUCUUCUCUGACAUAAAAUCCCCUCUGCCUAUGUACUCUGAACCAUUUUUCUACAAUGAUGAGAUUUUGAUGCCUAUGAUGGACAACUAUGUCUUGUUUGAAGCAUUUGGAACCAAUGAAGAUCAAACCUUCCAAGAGGGUAUGCUUCCACCGAGGCUAUAA